GCCCCGAGUGCAGCCAGACCCGGGUACUGAGGGACGCACCGUGCUGGAGUGCCUAACGCUCGCACCUUCAUAACAUCACUACAACUUAACAUCACACAGAGCACCAUGGGCAUCUCCACCUCUGCCGUCGCCUGCCUCACCCUGGCCUGCCUCCUUCUCCUUCAUCUUCAGGCGGCGCAGGGCACUCCGGUGUGUCCGGGAACCCGAGAUCCCCCGCAGGACCUCUCCAAGUGCAAGUUCGGGGUCGUGAAGGACUGGUGUCGGAACACCGUCUGCGCCAAGGGUCCCCGCGAGACGUGUGGCGGGCGCUGGCUCGAGCACGGGCGCUGCGGCCUCGGCAUGUACUGUCGCUGCGGCCACUGUGCAGGCUGCACCAGUACCUUGGAAUGUGUACUCGGGAGAUUCUGUUGACGCGAACAGGCCACAGCACCAAAUGUAAUGUCUCCUGUGAUACUCUGUGAAUUGCCUCUCUGAAAAAAAGCCAUUUCGUCCAAUAGGUUUCGAUUCAGUAGUUCAACGUGUCGACGCAAAAUGAUGGAUAAAGAGAAACCCAUAAAAUAGACGAGGAGGAACAACACACUUCGCUUUCACAGUUGGUCUCAGUGAAUAUAAACGCCAGAAAAGAAACAAAAGAAUAAGGUAACGAACAGAAUCCAAUCCUCCUGGUGGGCGACAUGCAAGCGCGACCGGGAAGGGCCCAACAAAUGUGAUUUUUUUUCUUUCUUUCUUCUCAUUCCUUCGGUCUUGAAGAAACCUCAGUCUCCAAUGAUCAAUCUUCAAGGACUUUUGUGAUAUCUUGAUGUAAGUUAAGGGAUGAUUCACGGAAAUGUUAUCUAAUAGUCUUUAUAUUUAUAAUGUCCCCAACGAAUCCGUUUUUCGUACACUUCCAUAGAGUCAGAAAUAGUAACACUGGAUACCAUUAUGUACAAUAAAGUUUUGGAAUAGA